AUGAUGAGCGAAGAACAGUUCAACAAGCUGCUCGAACGGCUGACUGGCAAGGGAGGAGGAGCGUCGGUGGAAGAGAGAAGAACUCAGAAGAUAGACUGGAUCACGACACGACUGACGAGAUUCGAGUAUGACCCGGAGAAUGGGAUCACCUUCAGUCACUGGUACGAGCGGUACGGAGAGAUGCUGACGGAAGAAGGUGCGGAUCUGAACGAGGCGACUCGACGACGACUUCUCUUUGGCGCUCUGGGCGAGAUGGAGUACAACCGGUUCGCUAAUCGUGUGCUGCCGAAGAAGGUGAACGAGCUAUCUUGGAACGAAACCGUCAAAGCGCUGAAGACGUGUUUCGCUGCCACGAAGGCAGUGUUCCAAGAACGUUUCGAGUUCUUGCGAAUGUCGUAUUCGACAACUUCGAGGUCAUCGCUCGAAGAGGUGUGACAGGUGCGGCUGGAGGCACAAUCGAGGGAGUUGUUCCGCUAAGAACGCUAGGUGUUUCGGGUGCAACGAAAAAGGACAUUGUGUCAGAUUCUGUCCGAAUUCGAGGGAAGCGAGCGGUCAAGCUUUGGUCGUGGGAUCGGUGCACGCGAGUAAGGAAUCGGUGAAGAUUCGGGAGAUGGUGAAGAUCAAGACCGUGCCUAUCGAGAUGAUGGUGGACACGGGCUCCGAUGUCACGAUGCUGAGCGUCAGCGACUGGGAGAAGAUCGGGAAGCCACGACUGAAAGUAGCGAGAGAAAAGAUCCUCACGGUCGACAAGAAGCCGAUGAAGAUUAUGGGAAGUUUCGAGUGCAACUUCAAAUGGAGAGAUCGAGAGCCCAAAAGACGGUAUGUGUCGCACGGCGAUCAUUCGCGUCGGCCCCAAAGGCGGAGGAAGCAAGUGCAAGCUAAUCAGAAGAGCAAAUUUGUUCCCAUUAGAAAUCCACUAUAUCAUCAUCGGAUGCUCGGAGAGCAGGCACUCCACGCGAGUGGAUACCACAGGCGUGCGAUCUUUCCACUUCGUCGUCCUCUCCCUGCCUUCUGCGCGCUGCUGCUGCUUGCAGUAUGGUUCUAUUCUCUUCUCCAGGCUUCUCAGAGUCCUCGCCUAUUAG